AUGGCUUCUUCGACCGCGCCGCUCGCGACGCGACGCGUCUUCGUCGGCGACGGCGACUCCAGGCUCGGCGUCGCCCUCGGCCGGGCGUUCCGCGACGCCGGCUGCGACGUGAGCUGCUCGAGGACGUCGGAGGACGACCUCGACUACGCGACGGAGUCGUUCCUCGUCGACCACGGCCACGCGGUGCGCGUCGAGCGAUCGACCGUUCGAUCGGAUCGAUCCUCCCGUUUAGCAGAGCAAACCUUCGACGCCGAACGCUGCGCGCCCCUCGUCGGAUCCCGCCCCGCUCGGCGUCCUCAUCAAUCGCGACCAUCCCCGCUUACGCCCCCCCCACCCUUCCUCCUCCUCCUCCUCCUCCUCCUCCUCCUCUCCAGGCGCACGACGACGCCGCGAUGA